CGAAUUUACCGUCCUAGUCUAGAGUCAAGAAUUCGUAUCAGACUCGGCCAUAUUGAGCUUUUCCGGCGAUGGAAUACUCCGAGUCUCCGGCGCCAAAGCCACUGGAUUUCGAAAAGCUCGCGCACGGGUGCAGCCAUUAUCGGCGACGCUGCAAGAUUCGAGCCCCUUGCUGCGAUCGGAUCUUCUCCUGUAGACAUUGCCACAACGAAGCCGCCAGCUCUCUGAGCAACCCGAAGGAUCGACACGAAAUUGUGAGGCAGGAUGUGAAGCAGGUAGUGUGCUGCAUUUGCAAUGCCGAGCAAGAGGUUGCUCAGGUCUGUGUAAGCUGUGGUGUGCAAAUGGGAGAGUAUUUCUGCGACAUUUGCAAUUUCUUUGAUGACGAUACCAGCAAAGGGCAAUUUCAUUGCAAUGAGUGCGGAAUUUGUAGAGUUGGUGGCCGUGACAACUUCUUCCACUGUCAGAAGUGUGGGUCUUGCUAUGGAGUGGAUCUACGUGAUAAUCACUUGUGUGUAGAAAAUUCCAUGAAGAACCACUGCCCUGUUUGUUACGAGUAUCUCUUUGACUCAGUUAAAGGCACUUCAAUAAUGAACUGCGGGCACACAAUGCAUACAGAUUGCUUCAUUGAGAUGCACUCACAGAAUCAGUAUCGUUGCCCACUUUGCUCCAAGACAUUGAUCAACAUGACUCGUUUCUGGAGUAUGUUGGAUGCAGAGAUUGCAGAUACUCCCAUGCCGCAGGAGUACAUGUAUGAGGUGACUAUCCUCUGCAAUGAUUGUGUCAAAACAUGCAAUGUGUCUUUCCACAUUCUUGGGCUCAAGUGCACCCAUUGCAGUUCAUAUAACACCCGCAGAGUUUCAGGUGGUCGAGACUGACAUUCAAUUGCUUAGGAAAAAUGAAAUUGACGCUUUUGACUAUGAUUGUGUUUUGUCUAGAAUUGUCCCAUGUUCCUCUUGUUGUUGUAUCCCGAAUAUAUCAAAGAAUUCAAGCUACAAGUUGUCGUGGUUCAUCCAUUUCAUAUCAAAUCAUUGGUUCAUCGGUGUCUGAGCUGAAUCAGGUUUCUCCAUUCAUUUUAUC